AUGCUUGACCAGGCAAAGCGUGCCUUCCUCGCUCUCUCCAGCUCGGAGCGCGUUGCAUUUGCGCAGUUCGUCGCCGCCGCGCCGCCGCCCGAGCAGCAGCAGGAGGAGGGUGAGGCGGGCCAGGAUGAGGCCAGGAUGAGACCCGAGGACGAAAAGAAGCGCCUCAGCCGCAAGGUCCAGAAGCGGCGGGAGCGGCGGCACGCAAAAGCCGUCAAAGAGGGCCGCGUGCCCGGCCAGGUUGGCAACCCAAACUUCAUCAAGAGCGGCGAGCGUCUGGCACAGCCGGAGGGAGGCGCGGGAGCCUCCGAGACUUUUGACGGGGAGGAGCAGGAGGGCACAGACGAGGAGGGCGCAGAGGAGGAGGCCCGGCGGAAGAAAGCCAAAGCAAAGGUCGAUGUCGAGCGGCGCAGGGAGCAGCGGCACGCCGCGGCCGUGGCGGCAGGCCGCGUCCCCGGCCAGGCUGGCCGCCCCAAGCGGGCGCAGCAUGAGGCGGGAGCGUGGGCGCUCCUCCACCUCCUAACCGCCCAGCAGCCUGCAGACGCCCCUGGAGCUCGAGGAGGCGAGGACGAGGUUGGCAGGGAGAAGCCCGUCAGCCGCAAGAGCCAGAAGCAGCGGGAGCGGCGGCACGCAAACGCCGCCAAAGAGGGCCGCGUCCCCGGCCAGGCUGGCCGCCCAAAUUGUAUCAGAAGAGGAUCCUCCUACGCCACUCCACCCUCUCUCGCGCUCUGA